AGAAAACUUUUCAUCCACGUGUCAACUAUUUCGAAGUGUACGAUGAAGAAGAGUUUGUUAAACGAUUUCGUUUAACGAAAUCAACAGUAAAAAAAGUUUUAAACGAAAUUGUCGRUCAGCUCAAAACCACUACUAACAGAAAUAAUGCCAUUUCUCCAAUCACACAGUUGCUGCUUACACUGAGGUUUUUUGCUACUGGAAAUUUUUUAAUUACAGCUGGUGACUUCAGUGGUGUUAGCAUAGCGGCGGCUGGACAGAUUGUAAAACGAGUGAGCUACGCACUGGCUUCGAUAAGUUAUAAGUAUAUCAGAUUACCUGAAACUUCCGAGGAGAAAAUAAAGCUGAAGGUACAAUUUUAUAGAUUUGCUCGGUUUCCAAAAGUUAUAGGAGCUAUAGAUUGUACACAUAUUAAGGUACAAUCUCCAUCAACAGAAUAUGGUGAACUAUACAGGAACAGAAAAGGAUUUUUUUCCCUUAAUGUYCAAGCAUUGGUCAAUGCCAAUAUGGAAUUCAUGGAUAUAGUAGCUCGUUGGCCAGGCUCUGCACAUGACAGCAAUAUAUUUUCGAAUAGUAGGCUUAAGGCAAGGAUGGAGCUCCCUGAAUCUUCAGACUGCAUAAUUCUGGGAGACUCAGGCUAUGCACUAUCUCACUACUUAGGGCCGGUUCUACCAACUAUAGAUAAA